AUGAAUAUUAAAAUCAUUUCGAUCGUGGUCAGCUUGCUUGCCAUCCAAGCCAAGGCCACCUACUACAGAGUCUCCAUCGUCAAGGAACCCAACGUCAACCCAACCGUCAAGAACCCAGUCGCCUCGAUCGACGGCGAGGAGGGUAAAGACUACGUCAUGGUGUACGAAGGCCAAGCCUUUCGCGGGAGGGAACCGCCCAGCGUGGUUGUUCCCAUCAGGAUCACCGGAGGCGAGGCCAUUCCCGGCGGCGGAGGUCUAGGGCGUGGGUUCAAGCUCAGAACCCAGCCCAUAUCGGCAGAAGAAGCGGUGCUUGCUGAGCCGGUGAACACCGAGCCGCACCCGCCUCUGAACAAGGAGCAGUACGCUCAACGGACGAGUGAGCAAGGGACAGACGGGCCUGCUCGGAGGAAGUGGUGGUAG